GCUAGAGCGGCAGAGCCACAAGCGGCGGCUGGCCAGCUGAGCGGCACGGAAGAGACGUCAGCGCGCUUCCGGCGGGCGUGGGCGGGAUUUCGGGCUCCUUCCCGGGAUAUCUGCGGACGCAUGGCAGCAAACACUGUUGGAAGUACAGCGCCCAGAAAACCUGUCUUAUCUGUCAGCGCGAGAAAAAUUAAGGACAAUGCAGCUGAUUGGCAUAAUUUAAUCCUGAAAUGGGAAACCCUCAAUGACACAGGUUUUGCUACUGCGAAUAGUAUUGCCAACCUGAAAAUCAGGUUAUGCAGUGAAGAUGAGACAGAGUUACAGGGCAGCAGCCCAGCUUCCGGGGAAGGUGCAGACAAGGCGCUUCCAGAAUAUAGCAAGGAGCUAGAGACGCUGUGCGAGGAGCUGCAGACCACCUUCGAUGCUUUGGCCAAAAUACAGAUGAAAAUGGAAAAGCUGUCCUCGACCACCAAGGGGGUUUGUGAGCUAGAGAACUACCAUUAUGCGGACGGGAGGCAUAGGCCCCCCCUGUUUCACACGUGGCCCACAACCCAUUUCUAUGAGGUCUCCCGCAAGCUGUCCGACAUGUACCGGAAGGAGCUUCUCCUGAAGCGCACGGUCACGGAGGAGCUUGCACACGCCACAGACCACGACCUCGCCCUGAGCUACUUGUCCAUGUGGCUGCACCAGCCCUAUGUGGAGACCGACAGCAAGCUGCUUCUGGAAAGUAUGCUGCUCGAAACGGGGCACCGGGCACUGUGACCUCCCGGCACAGCCUCACCCGCGCCCCCAGGCUCCGGACCACCGGCUGCCUCUGUGGCUCCCAUGGUGGACAGUCUCAUGUAAGACCCAGCGCUGCGGUGUGGCCACCCACUGACCUGAGUGUCCUCCAGACUGGAUCACUUCAGCGGCUCCCCGUGGCCUCUCCAGACACCGUGCUGCUGGGAGCCAUCCGCCGCACAGCGUCAUCUGCACCUGUUGUGAACCUGUCACCCCAGAGGACUUCUACAUGAAAUAAAGGAGUUCCUCAACAGAAUGAUGGAGUGAUCUUGUUUUUGUAAAUUAGCUGUAUUUAUAUAACAUUUAUGUAGAAAACCCCUGGUUCUGUAUUUUUACUUUAUACCUAUCUAUUACUUAAAUAUUUAUGAUACCACAUUAGUUUUGUAAUUACAAUAAAUGUUUAGAAUACCAGA